AGUAGGAGCUUAAAUCUGCGUGGGUUGCAAAGCACUCUGCUUUCGAGGAUUGAAGUGUGUAUGUCUUUUGUGUGACUCUUCAAAUUUUACCUGCCAAACAGAAGGAGCAUGUUGGGCCUCAGUCAUGCUAAGCAAUGGAAAGGAACAGGUGAUCAAAUCCUGUGUAUCUGUCCCAGAAUUACAUGCUCAAGUCUUCUGCCAUAGUUCCAACAAUGUUACCAAAACGGAAUGCUGCUUCACAGAUUUUUGCAACAACAUAACACUGCACUUGCCAACAGCCUCACCCGAUCUUCCCACACUUGGAUCCCUAGAGCUGACCAUUGUCAUCACCGUGCCUGUCUGCCUCCUGUCUGUAGCUGCCAUGCUCACAGUGUGGGCCUGCCAAGGCCGACAGUGCACCUACCGCAGGCCAAAGAGGCACAAUGUGGAGGAACCGCUCUCUGAAUGCAACCUGGUAAAUGCUGGAAAAACCCUUAAAGAUCUGAUUUAUGACGUAACUGCCUCUGGCUCUGGCUCUGGUCUGCCUCUGCUGGUUCAAAGAACAAUUGCAAGGACAAUUGUACUUCAAGAAAUUGUAGGAAAAGGUAGAUUUGGUGAGGUGUGGCAUGGAAGAUGGUGUGGGGAAGACGUGGCUGUGAAAAUAUUCUCCUCUAGAGAUGAAAGAUCUUGGUUUCGGGAGGCAGAAAUUUAUCAGACAGUUAUGCUUCGUCAUGAAAACAUCCUUGGUUUUAUUGCUGCUGACAACAAAGACAAUGGAACUUGGACUCAGCUUUGGCUCGUAUCUGAGUACCAUGAACAAGGCUCCUUAUAUGACUUUCUGAACAGAAAUGUGGUCACAGCAGCUGGAAUGAUCAGAUUAGCACUUUCAAUAGCUAGUGGUCUGGCGCACCUGCACAUGGAGAUUGUUGGUACACAAGGUAAACCUGCUAUUGCCCAUCGAGACAUAAAGUCAAAGAAUAUCUUAGUGAAAAAAUGUGAAACUUGUGCCAUAGCAGACUUAGGAUUGGCUGUGAAGCAUGAUUCCAUUCUGAACACUAUAGACAUACCUCAGAAUCCUAAGGUGGGAACCAAGAGGUACAUGGCUCCUGAAAUGCUUGAUGAUACAAUGAAUGUGAAUAUCUUCGAGUCCUUCAAACGAGCUGACAUCUAUUCUCUAGGUCUGGUUUACUGGGAAAUAGCCCGGAGGUGUUCAAUUGGAGGAACUGUUGAUGAGUACCAGUUGCCUUAUUAUGAUAUGGUGCCUUCUGAUCCCUCAAUAGAGGAAAUGAGGAAAGUUGUUUGUGACCAGAAGUUUCGACCAAGUAUCCCAAACCAGUGGCAAAGCUGUGAAUCACUCAGAGUCAUGGGGAGGAUAAUGCGUGAGUGCUGGUAUGCCAACGGGGCCGCACGUCUAACCGCCCUUCGGAUUAAAAAGACCAUUUCCCAGCUCUGUGUCAAAGAAGAUUGCAAAGCUUGAUGAUAAUCCCAUCAAAAGAAAUCUGGCACAGCUUUCUUUCCCAUUUUCCCUUUUU